CGCCAGGAUACCUACUCGGCAACCGUCUUCCUUGCUGUUCCUCCUCGCUCGAACCCCUUAACAACCUAGCUCAUCACUUCCCACCAUGUCUUCCUAUACCAUGACCAGGAUGGGCUCCGACUCGUUCCUGCCUUCGGGUUCUAUCGACACCAGCAUGCGCUUUCCUCUUCCUAGUCUGGGCGCCGACUCUUCUUCGCUCAUCUCUCCCCUCGCGUUGCCUCGAGGUGCCGCCGGCUACUUCGAUGUUGCCUCAGCUAUGGGCAAUCCCGCUUUGCAGGCGCCAUCCAAGCUUUCUCUUCCGGGACGCCACGUUUACUCACCACUAUCUCCCAACUUUCGUGGUCCUGUCGCCGGCCACAUGUCGCAGUUCACGUCACCCAACCUAGCACCCAUUCAACAAGGACUCCAGUGUCAGCUUGACCCACAACGAUCUACCAGCGUUCCUCCCAAUCUGCGAAGAUCCAAGACCGGCCAGGCUACAAAAGCCAAGCUCUCGAUCCUCUCCCCGCCACUAACAACAUCAAUGGAUGGCUUGAGUGCUUCCCCUGGUGAUGCCUUUUUAGGUGUUUCGGUGCCGGCUAUCAGCUCUGUCUCUGCCGGACAGGCCCGCUCAGCUUCGGCGGACACUGUGAAUGCACCCUCGAACACACAGAUGGUCCGGCGCCUAGUCCAACAAAAUGGCAGGAUAAGAGAAGCUUGGGAAGCGGAGCGCAAGUACUUGGAAGCAAACAGGGAGCGCGCUGAAGAAGUGUAUAAGGAGGAGCGGGCCCUCAUGGAGGAGGAGAGGGCAGAAUGGGAAGCUGAGAAGGCCAUGCUGCUACAGGAGAUCGAACGACUCCAGCGACAGGUGGCUCAUCUAGGAGGACAGUCUAGCAAUGCGAACCUUGCAGCCUUGGCGGCUGCUCAUGCAUCCCAUAAUGGAAGGAUUGGCAACGUCUGCUGGGGCGAGGUUUCGCCCGAGAGCAUGAGGAGCUCGCGGUCUUCUCAAGGAAGCACGCAACAUACGAACACUCAGCAACCGGAACAACCCAUUCAGACUGCUUCUGUCAACGAAAUUCCCGGACCUCAGGGUCCCGUAGUGGCCGAUUCCAUGGCCCAGUCUCCCGAGCUGCGUCCAAGCAGUCCCGCGCCUAUUGUCGAUGUCCAGGCAAUCCACCCAGAGCUCGAAGGAAUCCCAAUCAAAGCCAACUCGGUUCAGAAAUCGACAUUCACAGACGAUUCCCUAGUAGAAGCGCUCAAGUCCCCGACCAAGAUUCCGUCACCACUCCCGGCCUCCGAUGUGCCAGAGCCCAGAUCGGAAAGCCCGGCAAAGGAGCAAACCAAGCAAGUCCUUAAGGCAGAAGCGUCGGUUCGUCUCACCAUGCAUGCUGGCCAUACUCCCAGCCACUCCCUCUCUGUCCUGGCAACCGCAACGUCUUCUGGAGUUGGCACCAUCAAUAGCAGUGGUAGCAGCACACCCACCUUGCAGCACGGCGACCAUAUGGCCACUCAGACGCUUGGGGUCAUAAACGAACAAGAAGGCGCUAUCCAACUGGCUGAGCAGGAGUCGGUAGUCUCUGAAGAUCCUCCUGCGGCUUAUGAGCCUGUGGAGGAUCGUCCUCUCAGAGGUCCGCUGAUGGUUAGGAACAUGCCUGCCCAUGACGAGAUCUUCUUCCGGAGGCUUUCCGAUAAGCUCGAAGAGGUCAGCAAGGACACUAUGGCAGCCCUUCCUUCUGUUCUGAAGGAUGCUAUUGAUGAUGACGACGAGGCGGUGCCGUCAAACGCGGCGGAGAAUCAGUCUGGCGAAUCGAGCAAAGGGAAAGAGAACAGCAGCGGCUCCAAGAGCGAGGAUGAAGCGGAAUUGGAUAUCCCUCUCAAGUUGAGGCGUAACAACAACUUUGGCGCUCCCUUUGGCGAGUUCAAGUUUUGAGGACUGACAUCCAUGACAGUUGGUCGGACUUGUUACCACCAACUCGCCACUUGGCAACAUUUCUUCCUGUAUCUAUC